AUGGUCGAGCACCGUCAGACUCACCGCGAACUGGAGGGCACUGUCAGUGCACUUGACUUUUCGUCGUCCGAAGCAUUGACAUGGACCUCUGCUAUGGAUCAUUGGCACCACACAUCCAGCUACCCGCAGCAGCUUCAUCCCAUCUACACAGCCCGGAGCACGGCCCAGCACAUGCUAAGAACAACCACAGAAUGGGUCAUGGCAAUCGGCGACCAUCAGAGCAUCCCCGUCGCCUACGCUCUGAAGCUCCUGAUGUCCAGCUCCAGCCUCCUCAGAGAUAGCUAUGCUGAUAGAAUUGAGCUGUCCGGCAAGUGCCUUCCAAUGGUGUUGGGAAGCGCUGCACCAACGGAGCCGGGCGCAACGCCGUUGAAGAGACACAUCACCAUGAGCUGUCAGAUCCGGCCGCCGAAACUUGCAUUGGAGUCAGCAGCGCCGUCUUUGAAGCGUCCGUUUCGGCUCCUCGAACCAGUGUUCGUCUUCUACGUCUUGUCCGUCAGCUUCAAGCGCUAUCAUCCAAGGAGGUUCAACGUGUUUCGGAGUGUUCCGCAGCGGCAGCAUUGA